AUGUCUCCGCGCGGGUUCGCCGUGUUCAAGCCCAUGGCUGCCUCUGUGCCCGCUGCAAGCGGCAGCAUGGCGGCUGGGGACCUGCAGAAUGGGGUGGCUGGUCGCCCUGUUCCCCUGCACUCGGCAGCGCACACCAGCCGUGCAUGGGAGUUCUUCAGAAAACUGGGCUCCCCCAAGUAUUGGGUAGCCCCAAUGGUGGACCAGUCAGAGCUUCCUUUUAGGUUGCUGUGCCAACAAUAUGGAGCCACAGGGGCCUACACGCCUAUGCUGCACAGCCGUCUGUUUGCUGAGAGCAGAAAGUACAGGUGUGCAGGGUACUUUUAG